CUUUGGACCCCCUCGGACGACAACAUGGGACGUUGAUGGGAUGGAUGUCUCUGUGGUGCUGUGUCCAGCCAGUUGCUGGGAGCAACACUACGGCCACCCCUCCUGUCGAAAUGUGCCUCUUGGCAGAAGGAUCUGAGCCUCUGCGGUCCCUGCUGCUGACCGGGAUGGGGGCGAGCUAGGGGCUAUGAUUGGAUCAUGUCACCUCCUCGCCGCGCCCGUUCCUGCAUUUGCCCCUGACAGUGCUCAAGGAUUCCCUGGCGACGGGAGGGCGGUUGCUGGCCCUCGUUUCUUUUCUCGCCCAAGAAGUCCCAGUGCGCCGAAUCUUGCAGAUGAGUUGAGUGGCCGAACCCCGGUACCACGCAAGCCCGCCCGGUUUGCUCUAGGCGGUGGAUCAGCCAAAAUUGCUCAAGGGUUAUUCAUAUCUACGGGCUGGCUGGGGCGGCAAGUCCACCACGGCGGUGCUCUCGGCCUCCUAUGCUCAGAGGGGGAACCGGGGUCCCGACGAACCAGACUUGACCCUGGACUGCUCACAAGUGGGCUCCUGAUCGAAUUUACGGGGUGAUCAAAUGGAACCAUCACCGGGAGACCACCCCAGAGGCGCACAUGGGGUGCCCACACCCCUUCCUGCAGCCGCCCGCUCAAAAGGGCUGAUGGCCUCCCAUCCGCUGGUCUGUAUAUCUCCCUCCUUCUCUCCUCACCCAACACGGAGCCUGACCUCGAUCGUUCUCCCCGACAUUCUUUUGAACAGUCUCUUUCGGCGAGCAAUAGCAGCUUAGCUACUCAUUCCUUCACCAACCCAAUACAUUCUUUAUCGAACGAGUGCAAACUGUGUCUGCCCUCCUCACACGGAAUUGACUUCCACUCAUUGCUUGCUGAUCAGCAUACCCACGAUCUUUCAUCUCCCGAAGAGCACCGAACAAGAAAGAGGAUAUUCGACUCCCGAGUAGAAAUCUGAACCGAUAGCCAAGAUGAAGUCCGUUCUCGCUGCCUCCCUGGGUCUCGCGACCCUGGCUUCCGCCAACAACGUCUACCCCCAGCACCCUCACUUCAACUACCGCCGACAAAACGGUACCGCCAUCGCCGGUGCCGGCCAGCUCACCACCCUGACCGUCCAGCAAACCUCUAUCCGCACCAUCAUCAGCUGCGCCCCGACCGUCACCAACUGCCCCGCCAACCAGGCCUCUCUCACCCAGCUGGCCUCCGUCGCCCCCGAACAGGUCUCCACCGUCCUGGUCACCGACGUGAUCCAGCUGGCCACCACCAUCUGCCCCGUCACUGAGGCCGAGGCCAUCUCCUCCAGCGUCAUCUCCGUCGCUGCCACCGGUGGUAUUACCGGCACCACCAUCACCGGAACAGCCCCUGGCGUCGUCCCCACCCCGGCCCCGGCCCCCGUCGGCGGCAACGGCACCCAGCCCUCGCCUCCUAUCACCGCCAACUCCCCCACCGCCACCGGUACCACUGGUGACGAUGACGAUGAGUGCGAGCCCGAUCUGACCACCGAGGUUUCCACUUCCGUGGCCACCCUGACCUCUGCCGUCCCCGUGACCGUUACCAUUACCAACGGCAACGGCGGUGCUGAGGAGAGCACCUCCACCUCUUACACCACCAUUGUCACCGCCAUCCCUGUGACCAAGACCGUCGUCGUCACCGAGUCUUCCCCCGAGGCGACUGACGAGUCUUCCCCGAUUGGCUCCGACGAGGGCACCACCAUCUCGGGCACCACCACCACCACCGCCUACACCACGGGCACCCGCACCGCCACUCUUACCAGCAAGGUCACCAAGCCCACUGGCGACAGCUCCCCCGUCGACACCAACGCCAACUCCGUCGGCUCUGGCUCCGGCGAUGCUCCUGAGGGCUCUUGCGUCCCUGAGACUGUCACCGUCACCAAGGAGGGCCCCACCGUCUACGUGACCGUCGGCCAGGCCGCCCCCACCGGCUCCCAGCCCCCUCUGGCCGCCAACGCCGCCGUCCCCACCGCCGCUUCUGAGGCCGCCUCCUCCCCUUCGUCCCCUGCCACCUCCGGCGGCGCUGACGACGAGGACGACACCUGCGAGGAGGACGGCGAGGACGAGACCUCCCCCGUCGACGAGGGUGACGACGACACCUGCGACGAGGAGCCCGAGGAGACCGUCACCGCCACCGUGGUCCCCGUCCCCACCGGAUCCAACGGAACCGGCUCUGCCUACCCCACCGGCGCUGCCAUGAAGCGCUUCGCCAAGAUGUACUAAAUCGACUCUUGAUUUAAAUGACAUUCUUGCGCUAGAAGACGGUGGCCCAGCGGCACGUCAAGACAAGACGAAGACCAGAGAUGUGUACAGCGGAUGAACAAUGACGUCUCUUGGUUUUGGGAUGUGGGCAAAUUGGGGCUUGGUAUGAGACCAUGACUGGACUUUUAGAGCGUUGGCCGGAUAUCUCAAUUGCAUCUCCAACCUUUUUUUCCCUUUGUUUUUUAAAGCAAAACCCAACCCGUUUGGAGAAGAAUGGGGCGGGAGAUACAAGACAAUAUCCUUCCUCCUGUGUGUGCACGGCACCCUUUCUUGUAGAAUUGUUGUAGUGUUUAAGGAUAUUGAUGGGGGCAGGGGGGGGGCAAAGCUUUUUGUGUGUGUUGGUUUAUUCAAAUAGCGACGGCAGAAAGGGAGAUGUUGAAUCCACCACCAACCCACCGGUGCGUGUCCUCCUCCCUCUGUCUUACGAUUCUUGGGAGUGCAUUAAAUUUUAAGAUGGAUGUUUUGAACCCCGCCUCAGUUGUUGUCUUGUCGCUCAUUGCUGUGCCGUCGUGAGUCCAAACUGAUGUGGCUGAUUGCUGUUGUUGAAAGAGAGGGCACUUGGGUAGGAUGAGGUGAGGUCGGAGAUGGGAAACGUUUCCCGGUCACGUUUCUCGUCUCCCUCGUUGCUUGAGUCGAGGUUGAGCUUGUAGGGCGUGGCCUGAAACAUUAGAUGCUUCCACCCAACUCUCUCGCGGCAUUCCUUGGUUAACCCGAACCUCGGCUUGCAAAGUCUCCCUCUAUCUCCCUUGCUAGCCUUGCUAGUCAAGUCUGCAGCAGUGCUAGAGUAGGCUUUGGGCGUUCGCCAAGUAUUCCCCGUCAGAGUGUAGUUUAGAGGUUUCGUGCCCACCACCAGGAGUAGUGGCCAUUUGGGCUGGUGUAGUGCAUAGCCAUGGGGAAUGAAAGAUGGACAUCUUCAUGCGUCUCUUGGAGCGUAUUGGUGUCCAUUCAUGUUUAGGGUGGGGUUAACUGGUGACACGGUCGAGGUGAAAAGUGUAUGUCGUUGGGAUGAGCUUUGCUCGGAUGUCCCGUUGUGUACAGCAUGCAUCUAUAGUGGAUGACCCGGUCCUCGGUAGGUGUAUACCCAACCUCUUGUAGGGUUAACCUCCCAGGACAACUUCCCCUCCCAUAAUGGAACUACCAUUCGCGGGAAUGCGCAGGUGUCGUUAGAAAUGCCUCAAGGAUGAGUGCGUCAUGCUUGUGAGAACAAGGUCCCGUGGAAUGAUGUUACAGUGAAUGGACACAUCAGCAUCCAAGGUUUCUUGAUUAGUCGCCUUUGCCGAUGCAAAAGCGACUGAGGGACCACGAAAGACUGUCGAGGCGUGGAGAGCUGAAG